AGCUGUGAUUGGUCACAGCUUGUCACAUGGUACAAGGCUGUUGUGAAUAGCCUUGUACCAUGUGACCUCUGUGAUCAUCCACAGAUUUCACACGUAGUAAGCAAUGAUGUCACAAGUGACAUCUUGCUUACUACUUUGCAUGUGAUCACUGAUUGGCCAAUCAGUGAUCACAUGAUCGGGACCUCGUACAGAGGUCCCGUCCGACGAUCGGUGUUUCACUGUGUCCGGAGGACACAGCGGGCACCGGAUCGCGGUGCUGCGCGCUCCCAGGGU